AUGAAGUUCCUCUGUGCACACGAGUGUUCGGGCGAACACCAUCUGAUCAUCGACGACGCCGAGAACCUGUCGCGUGUGGUGAUCAACCGCAUCAGCAACAUCAUCGACUCCGGCGCCAAACCGAUCCUCAUCAACAAGAACCUGGCUGUGCAGGCCAUGAACAGUGCGCUCUUCAACCAGCAGGAGUUGGAGAUUGUUCAGAAGGAGGUCGAGCUCGGCGAUCUGGAGACGUUUGGUCGGUGCGACGUGGACAACGUUGUUGACCGGGUGUUUGUGACGAUGCGCAGCGACGGGCCAAUCAAGACCCAGUUAUAUGAGCGGUGUAAGCGACUGCGGAUUCCCAUCAACACCACCAACUCGUCUGAGUUGUCGACUUUCUCGAUGCUGUCGACGUACAAGAAGGGAGACUUCCAAAUGGGCGUCACCACGACUCACCAGAGCUGCAAGCUGGCCAACAGAAUCAAAAGAGAAAUUGUGCAAAAACUGCCCGAGAACUUGGACCAGAUCAUCUACAACAUUGGCCAAUUGAAACGCAGCAUCCAGUUCCGAGACAGCGAGGACGAGGACAUUCUGGACGACAUCAAGGACGUGAAGCGGCCCAGAUGGCUCUCGCAGAUCAUCGAGUACUACCCGUUGUCGAAAUUGGCCGACAUUUCUGUUUCCGACCUGACAGACGCAUACUCCAACAGUCCUGUGGUUUCGUCCCGGGACGGGGCCAAACACGGCCGGAUCUCGCUGAUCGGGUCUGGUCCGGGCUCGCUCUCGAUGCUGACCGUGGGGGCACUGCACGAGAUCUACAACGCCGAUUUGGUGCUGGCAGACAAGCUUGUUCCGCAGCAGAUCUUGGACAUUAUUCCGAAAAAGACAGAGGUGUUCAUUGCGCGCAAAUUCCCUGGCAAUGCCGAGAACGCUCAGCAGGAGCUGCUCAACAUUGGACUACAGAACCUGCAACAGGGCAAACAGAUUGUGCGCCUGAAGCAAGGAGACCCUUACAUUUUUGGCCGCGGCGGCGAGGAGUACGGGUUUUUUGCCAAGCACGGCUAUAAACCGGUGGUGAUGCCAGGACUCACGUCUGCGCUGGUGGCUCCGGUGGUGGCCACGGUGCCCACCACGCACAGAGACGUGGCGGACCAGGUGCUGGUGUGCACGGGCACGGGCAAGAAGGGCAAGAUGCCGGAUCUGCCACCGUUCCAGGCCAACAGAACCGUGGUGUUCCUGAUGUCUCUGGGCAAGAUGGUGGACAUCCUGCCGCUGUUGUACGAGCGCGAGUGGCCGCACGAGCUGCCCGUGUGUGUCGUUGAGCGGGCCUCGUGUCCGGACCAGCGGAUCAUCCGCACAAGACUCGGCGACCUGAUCGAGGUGCUCAAGGCUGUGGAGAGCCGGCCACCAGGACUGCUGGUUACCGGGUACUCGUGCGAGGUGCUGUGCCAAUUGCAACCGGGCCAGAAAUACCGCAUCGAAGAAGGCUACCACGAAACACACGGAACAAACGUCAGCACGGCAAUCACAGGAAUGAUCGGAGCUCUGGGCAAGGAAAAAUUGACAGCCUGA